ACAGAGGUAUGAGUGCGGACCUGCAGGAGCAGGAAGAUGAGCUGCUGGUCCUUCACAGUAUUUUUAGUCCCGACGAGUUCGUCCGGGAAGAGCCGAAGUGUGACGGAGAAAUCCGAGUGUCUGUAGAGCUGCCAAAGGACUUCUGUGUGGCUCUGAGAGAGGGUGACGGGCUGAGGCAGUAUGAGAUAUCAUUUCUUCCACCUCUGCUUCUGACCUUUGAACUCCCUGAGGACUAUCCCUCCUCCUCCCCUCCCUCCUUCACUCUUACCUGCAGCUGGCUAACACAUACACAGCUGUCUACACUGAGUGCUCAUCUAGUUGAUCUGUACCAGGCCACUGGAGGCACUGUGGUGCUUUUCUCCUGGGUGCAGUUCCUCAGAGAAGAGGCCCUCAGCUUUCUGGACAUCCACUCUCUGCUGGAGCUCCCCUCCGAUGAACACAACAGCCUAAACUCCGAGUCUGACCAGGAUAAACAAAAUUCCUCCGUUUCAGAGACGAAGAGUGAGCAACACAGUGAAGCGCCAGGAUCCACAAGUGAUCAGAGCCCUCCAGUUUCAGAGCCACAUGAGGAUGAGGAUGUUUCACCGUCUCUGUCACUUCCUGCAGACUCCUCAGUCUCAUCAGGCCAAAGUGGACAAACAGGGGCUGACCAGGCUGCCUCUCUCCCAGACCUUCUGUCACCUAAGAUUUCUUGUCAGGAGAAAGACCGAGCACUCUCUCGUCUUCCAGCCACCCGAGCACAAACCCUCCUGUCCCAGCUCUUGGUCUACGACGAAGCCCAGAAGCAGAAAGUGUUUUCCACCACGCUUUUCGACUGCGGUGUGUGUUUUGUGACCUGGCCCGGUUCGGAGUGUAUGAAGCUGAGUGAGUGUGACCACGUCUACUGCCAGCCCUGCCUGGCCCAGUUCUGCAAAGUCCAGAUAGAGGAGGGCAAUAUCCGCAGUGUCUCCUGCCCUCAGUCAGACUGCAGUGCCACACCUACACCUGCACAGGUGAAGAGGCUGGUAGGAGAGGAGCUGUUCAGCCGCUAUGACCGCCUCCUGCUGCAGUCGACUCUGGACCACAUGCCUGAUGUGGUUUACUGUCCUCGGCGCUCCUGUGGUUGCGCUGUCAUCCUGGAGGCGGGCAGCAGGGCGGCGCUGUGCUCGGUGUGUGGCUUCGCCUUCUGUGUUGCGUGCAGGAAGACCUACCAUGGAGCGGAUGACUGCCAGGCAUGGAGGAACAAGAACAUGAAAAAACAGGGAGAAGGAGCACAACAGGAAAGCUAUGUGGACAUACCGGAUACGGAGGCUGGCCUGAUGGCUCUGUGGGACGACUACGCCCGCGGCAGUAAGAUGAGGCGGGGCUUGUUGGAGAGCAGGUACGGCCGACACAGGCUGCGGUCCACGGUCACAGACUGUCUGAGUGAGAACUGGGUGGCCACCAACAGUAAACACUGUCCUCGCUGCUUCUACAAGAUAGAGAAGGACGGAGGCUGUAACAUGAUGACAUGCUCUCACUGUGGACAGCGUUUCUGCUGGGCCUGCCUCGCCAAACUGUCGGGCGCACACGACACUGCCUGCAGCUCUUACUCUUACUAAUCCCCCUGCUCCUCUCAUCCCCCGAUCUCCAGCACAGCCAUGGAGGCAGUGCUUCCUCUGAAAUAUGCAUCUGAUGGAAGCUCUCACACUCAGAAAUCACUCUGGAUGGAUUGCGUGUUUAUCCUCAUACAGUGAGAGCACUGAAAUCGUUUGUGAUGGUUGUUUUCUGGUGUAAGAGCUAAUGUUAAAAAAAAAAAAAAAAAAAAAGCGAAUGCCUUUAGUAGCACAGUGCUUUCUUGAUUUCUGCAGCCUUUUAACCCUACUUUUUUUUUUACUGUUGCCAGAAUACCAAAGACCAAAUUUUAUUUCCGUAAAUGUAAUGGACAACACAAUAAAUUAUUCUUAUCUUA